AUGCGGUGGUUCACAUCAUGUCAAAACGAUCAAAGUCAAGGACCAGUAUCAGGAGGACAAGCUAGCAAGGGGAAUUGGAGAGAAUACGAGAAGGACUGGGAAGAUGAACAUGGGUGGAAGGGAAAGGUAUGGGUGAAGAAGUGGAGUAAUAAAGGAUGGAAGGAUGUUUCGGAAGAUUCAGAUAAAGCAGAAAAGACAUCUCUACCUUCUUUGGGAUCGAGGGGAUAUGACAGCCACUAUAUGGAGAAGAAUGAUCAAGCGAUGCAAGAAAAAUCUGUUCAACCUCGUGAGCCUUCUCUCUUUGAAUCCCGUAAUCUGAUCAUACUCGAUACAAUGUUGAGAUCCUCUUACAAAGCGGGAUACAAUGACGCUCUGAGAAUACGACCAUUCCUUCCUUUCCAGACUCCUCUUUCUGCACCGAUCGCCCAAUCAGGGCUUGAUCCCGCUGCGAUCGUAACUCCUGGGUCAUCCGCUUCUUCCACCCCGUCAAGUGGUGGUAAAGGUUACAUCAUACUGGGAAGCUUGAUACUACUUGGAAGUGGUCUGAUGACAUAUAAGACUUUCAAUAAAAUGAAAAGACUCGAAAAUGGUUUGAAGGAGAUUUUAGCUUUGAAUCAAUUGAAGGGAUCUACAGAUCAGACUUCGUUGAUCAAGUUCCAAAGAGAUUUCAUAGGUUUAAGAAAACUCAUCGAAGAUUCUCAUAAUCAGAAUCAACCUAAUUCACUCCAUCCAUCAUCAGAUCAAGUAAAGGACUUGCUCAGCUCAAAGAACGAAGAUAGAUGGAAGAGUUUUGAUGAACAUUUAAACCAAAUCAAACUUGAUCAACAAUCAUUCCACAUUCUUGUUGGUGAAGAAUCCUUGAGUUUGAGAGAAUCAAUCAAGGAAAUUAACAUGAAUUUGAAAAAAGAAUUUAGGAUGAUAGCUAAAGAUCUAAAUGGGAAUAAAGUAGAUACAGAGAAAAUGAAAAUGGAUAUUGAGAAUUUGAUCAAAUCUACUGUUGAUCAUACUCAAAUUCAAUCGAAUGAUAGAAAGAAACUUAUUCAUGAUGUCAGCGGUGUGAAGGAAAAAGUUACAGUUUUGGAUAAAUGGAUAAAAGAUCUAAUGGGAGAAGUUGGCUUAACUACUCAAUUAUCAAAGAACAACCUCAUCAAAUCUGAAGAAAUCAAGAAAGCAAUCGAGACGUUAAAAUCAAACAAAUCUGCUGCUUCUUCACCAGACAAACCUAUCUCGCCUCACACAGGGGGAUCGGCAUCGUCUCCUUCACCUCCUUCGUCUCCUUCGCCUCCUUACGCAGCUAGAUUAAUGAGUAAUCUGGGACUGGGUGGUAACGAUGUGAUGCCUUUUAGUGAUAUCAAGAAAGCCAUAGAAGGAGUCAAGAAAGGGUAUUUGGAGGGCCAAUAUACCACUCCUACUCCUAAAGCAGACGCAAUUCAAUCUCAAGAAAGUAAACCUAUUACUGUCAAUCUGAACGAAUCUCGAGAAGGUAAACCAACUCAAAAAUUCUCAACCCCACUUGAAAAAGUUAUGAAUCCCGCCAGAGUUAAUCCAAACGUGAAACUCUCAGACUCUCAUUAUCCCUCCGCUUCGGCUCGAAAAGCUUUACCGGAUCGGAAAGACGAUAACGACAAUGAUUUCCGUCCACCUACUCCUCCACCUGCAGCCAACUCAGCAUCCCCUUCAGCUGAUGAUCGGUCUAAAGAGCCUAACCAAGCUGAUAAUUGGUGGACGAUCCAAUCCUGCUCAGGCAUACACGGAGAUGCGUGGAGAAUCAAAGGAUUCGGAUGGUAUCAUCCUUCUUCUCCUUCUUCUUGUACUCCUCCAAGCGGUAGGAACAAGGAUGAAGAUAGGAGUAUUGGUGCGUGGGCUGUAGGAAGGGUAAGGAGACGGUUCGGUGAUUGGCCUUUCCAUUAG